ACAAAUAAAUAUCUGUUAUGAACUCAGUUAAGUUUUUCCGAUUACUCUGAAACCAUCUCUACAACGUACUGAAUGACAGCGAGACAGGCUGAUUUACUGUGUGCUGUCAAAACAGUGCAAAGAAAAGUUGACCAAACUCGCAUUUCUGUUGCCUCAACGAAUGUUUCGGUGAAGAAAAGUGUUUGUUUUACGUAGCUUGCGGGCGCACCGUACAGUCUUGUUCAGAAUUUGCAACGUGCAAAUAAGGCAGUCAUUCUGGAGUACACUCGUUUUCUAACAAUCCGGCUUGCUAGGCGUAUGCGAUGGAUGACGAUCUGAUCGAAUACGCACCAAACAUUCCGGACAAUGUUUUGGAGUUAAUUUUCUCCUACCUGAAGCUGCAAGAUCUACGUAAUUGUGCCCUAGUUUGCAAAAGCUGGAAUCGGUUUUUAUGCGAUGAAAAUAACGAGGUGUGGCGGGCACAGUGUCUACAGAAAGUUCCGGCGGAAGCGUUCAAGAACGACUUGCUAUCGGUAGUGCCGACUUACAAAGCGAAGCUGAGAGCGUUCUACCAUGCGUGGAACCCGUUCGACUGCAGUCGUCAUGUUUAUAUUAAACCAAAUGGCUUCACCCUACAUCGGAAUCCUGUGGCUCAAAGCACAGAUGGUUCGAGAGGUAAAAUAGGGUUUAAGCACGGUCGACAUGCUUGGGAGGUAAGAUGGGAGGGUCCACUAGGGACGGUGGCGGUCGUAGGAAUCGCAACAAAGGAUGCUGCUAUUCAAUGCCAUGGAUAUUACGCGCUUUUAGGAGCUGAUGAUCAGAGUUGGGGCUGGAAUCUGGUCGAUAAUCUCUUGCUACAUAAUGGUGAUGCACAUGGGAUUUAUCCCCUGUUAAACAAUGCUCCAAAAUAUAAGGUGGGUGAAAGAAUAAGAGUGGUACUAGACUGUGAUGACAAUACGUUGUCAUUCGAGAAAAACUACGAAUUCCUAGGAGUAGCUUUUACAGAUUUACCCGAUAAGCUGUUUUACCCAACCGUGGCAGCAGUAUAUGGGAAUACGGAAAUCUCGAUGGUUUACCUCGGUCCUCCAUUGGACGGCUAAAUGGACCAUCCGGCCGGUAGCUUUUUCAACAUUCAUCGGAGUAUGUGCAAACGCAAGUGCAAAUCAAAAUAUGCAGGAAACAAAACACUCACAGUACACACCCGCCCAACGUUUAACUCACUAGCAUAUAAAGGCACAGUAUAGUGUUUCGAACAAGGUCCAAUUUAUGGUAUAAUUGGACGGGACGAGCAUCAGGUGCUCCUGUGAACGAUUCCGUGAAACACUAUAUUUUUAUUGCAAUUUUAAUUUAUAUCUGCUAGCCAAUGCUUUGUUUGUCAUUUGUUAAAGAUGGAAUGCAUUUUUUAAGACUAUAAGCAGGUCGACCAAAGGAAAAGCCUGAUCGCCUUUGUUCUAGUCAUUUAUUUCAUUCCAAAGUAGUGUUAUAGUAUAAUUUAUAGUUUUAUUAUUGCUAAAGAUGAUUAUACCUAAUCACUUUUCGAGCAAAUCGUUCAAGAAAACCAUUUAGUUUAUUCGUCGAUUAUUUAUUUAUUUUUAAUUUUAUUUAAUUGAUGGAUUGCUUUCGUCGAAUACUAGUCACAUAUGUAUUUCAUUCCACGUAUUAUAAUAUUUAUUGUUUUAUCAUUGAUUGACAUUGUUGUUUCUAACGAAUCGCUUUCCGAGCCAGAUCUCUCAAAGCAACAGCUUUGUUUGUUUGUCAGUAUUUUAUUGAUUUUUAUCUUUCAUUUAAUCAAUGAUGAACAGGUUCCUGCUUGUAUACUCAUGAAAAGCGUGCAAAGAAGUUAGCCCAAUGAAAAUGAUCGUGACACAGUAAAAUGAAUAUACCGAUUCAGAUACUCUGCUGAUCU